UUUACACCAAAGGACCGAGCUGGGGUUCGAAACUUCUCUACGGAGUACUAAAGUAUUCAACAAGAUAAACCCAUCUUGAUCAUUGCGAGUUUGUCUCACGUUAAAAACGUAGGGAGGAGACUCACAGAGCUACUUUUUGUCUCGGAUAAUUCCUAUCCCCUAUUCCACAGAGAUUACAGUACUCGUUUGACAAGCCAUGGCGGACGCAGACCUAGAAGAGAUCCGACGGGCUCGUCUCGCGCAACUCCAGCAGCAACAGGGUGGCUCUCGAGGAGGAGCAGCUCCCUCCGAAGGCAACCAGGACGACCAGAGACAACAAGCCGAAGCCGAACGCCGCUCUACAAUCCUCAACCAGAUCCUUGAGCCCGAAGCCGCAGACCGUCUAGGGCGCAUCCGUCUCGUCAAGGAAUCGCGUGCCGUGGAUAUCGAAAAUCGUCUGCUCAUGCUCGCUCAGACAGGCCAGCUACGGCAAAAGGUGACCGAGGAGCAGCUGAAGCAGCUUCUCAACGCGGUCGCGGAGAACCAGCGCAAGGAUGAGGAGGAGCAUAAGAUUGUGAUUUCUCGGCGGAAGGGAGGAUGGGAGGAUGAUGAUGAUGAUUUGUUGGAUUUGUGAGCGGUUGUAUGUUUCUUUUCUUGUGUUGAUUGUUCCGAUUUGAUUUCUUAGCCCCCCUUCCCAUUAUUGAGAAAAAUGAGGCGUUACGAUUUAUGAUAUCUUGGUUUCGACCAUUGAUCUUUUAUGCUAUAGUUGAUGCUGGCUGAGAGAGAGAGAGAGAGAGAGUAAUAAAGUAUGGGUGCGUGUUCUUGAGAUAUGAAGUCAAGAAAGAUGCUAAGUAUA